AUGGCAUGGGCGGGCCGUUAUGGCCCCUGCGUAGCCAUUGCCCGCUCAGUGGGACUGAGAUUUCUGUUUUCCUCCCGCUGUAGUUGCUCUAAUUGCUGUUCUGUCCAAUCCAAUUCUAUGCCAUCUACAUCGACCACUAGCACUCAGGCUACAAAUGCUUUUCAGGGGAUCAUACCAUCUCCAUCUGAUACGGAUUCUUUUCAAUGGAUCGAACCAUCUCCCUCUGAUACACACCCUUUUGAACAAGCUGCACCAUCUACUUCUACUCUUAGCUGUAACACUGAGCGUGAGCCAGAGAAUGAACAAACAAAUGCAUUUGAAAGGAUUGCGCCAUCUCCAUCCAGUUCUGGCAGACCCACAAUGCCAGAGAGAAAGCUUCCCUACGAUGUAUUUAUUAAUUAUCGUGGCCCUGAUGUCAAGCACACACUCGCAGCCGGUCUCUAUAACACCCUCACUGUCAUGGGAUUGAGGGUUUUUCUUGAUAAAGAAGAGCUUGAAUUGGGGGAUUUCUUGCCCACAGAAAUAGAAGAGGCGAUGCGCAGUGCAUCUCUUCAUAUAGCUAUAUUUUCCCAGAAUUAUGCAGAAUCCCCAUGGUGUUUGGCAGAGCUCGCAUUUAUGCUCAAGACGGGCACUCAAAUUGCUCCUGUUUUCUAUCAUGUUGAGACUGAUGUUGUCCGAUACGCAAAAGGAGUCUAUACUGAAGCGUUUUCCCGUCAUGAAGAAAAGGGCAGAUACACUUCAAAAAUUGCUGGGGAAUGGAAGAAUGCGCUGAAGAAUGUUUCAUAUAAUUUCGGUGACAUCAUUCGUAAUGAAGAUGACGAGCAGAGGCUGCUAAAGGAUAUUGUUAAUCGUGUUCUGAAAGAAAUAAAAAAUGUGCCAUUUGAGGUUGCUAAGCAUCCAAUUGGACUAGAAGAAGCUGUCAAAGACUUUGAAACGACAACACUUCAAUCUGCAGAACGCCAUCACACCGUGCAGAUUGUGGGAAUAUGGGGUAUGGGUGGGUCUGGCAAAACCACUCUUUCUAAACAGAUAUAUAACAACAAAUAUGCAAUUAUGGACAAGUCUAGUUUCUUAUUAGACGUUAGAGAUGCUGCUUCCCGAAGUAAAUUGCAUAAGAAACAGAAGAAAAUUCUAGAGGACCUCGGUCUCCAAGGAGUAUCAAUUGAAAAUAUUGAAGAAGGAAAGAUGAUUCUCAGCAGCCGUUUGCAAUCUAUUCGGGUGCUCAUCGUCCUGGAUGAUAUAGAUACUGUAGAUCAAUUGGAUGCUUUGGUGCCCAAGAGGGACAGUCUCGGAUGGGGUAGUCUGAUUGUAGUCACAUCAAGAGAAUUCGAAUUUCUUAGAUCUUGGGGCAUCUCAUCAAUGUAUAAAAUGAAAGCAUUAGAUCCACCUCAUGCCAAGCAGCUCUUUUGUUGGCAUGCUUUCUUGCAACCCUCUCCACAUCAAGGAUUUGAAGAUUUGGUUGAAAACUUCUUAAAUGUUUGUUAUGGAUUACCACAGUCUCUAAAAGUUUUUGGAGCACAGCUGUAUAAUAUCUCCAACAAAAAUUAUUGGGAAACUCAGUUGGAGAAGAUCUCUAGAAUUUUGCCCAAAGAUAUCAAAGAGAGAUUAAAAAUCAGCUAUGAUGCCCUAGAUGAUGAGGAGAAGCAGGCAUUCUUAGAUACUGCUUGUUUCUUUCUAGGAGAGGAAAAAACUAAAGCUAUUGCAGUUUGGGAUGGAUCAGGGUCGAAUGGUCUCUGCAUAGUUGGGAGAAGCUUUUGAAUAAGUGUCUCAUUGAAUCCAAUGAGCAUCACAUAAGAAUGCACGAUCAUUUAAUAGAUUUGGGAAGAGAAAUUGCAGAAAAUCAGUCCCCCUACCGUCUUUGGUCUCCCCAACAGAUUAUGAAUGUUGAUAAUGAAGUACAGGGAAUUGCUAUUCGAGGAAUAACGACCAUAGCAGCUAGAUCCACAAGCGAGAUUGAGGAGUUUCCUCAAUGUUCACCGGGUGGAAAGCUCAUAGUUAACACAAACAGAGGACCUUAUAGGCUGGAACCCUCCUCGCUUAGAUUAAAAUUUUUUCAUGUUACAGGAAAUUGUUACAAACAAGUAAUUGGUGAGCUAUCAAGAGAGUUGGUAUGGCUUCGCUGGAAUGGCAUUGAGCAAAGAAAUCUUCAGUCAUUGAGUUCACUGAAAAAUUUGAGGAUCUUAGAACUCUAUGGAAAUGGGUAUCAUGGAGGACAUUGCUUAAAAGAACUGUGGACUGAGAACAAUGCUCCUAUGCAGUUAAGAGAGCUGACUAUUCAGGGUUGCUCAGAAUUCCAAAGAUUCCCAAAGUCAAUAGGUUGUCUCAGGCAUUUGAAAAAGAUAGUUGUAAGUUAUGGAAGCAAGCUGAAGAAUUUGCCAGAAGAGUUUUGUCUUCUGCAAUCAUUGGAGCAACUGGAGUUAAAUGGCCCAGAGCUGUCAUCACUACCCAAAAGUUUUGGCGAUUUGAGAAACCUGAGGCAUCUUGAUUUGCAUAAUUGUAGUAAAUUGAAAAGGUUGCCCAUCUCUUUUAAGGAGCUCACACUUCUGCAACACAUCUCCUUAGAUGGAUGUUUUAACCUCGCCUUAGAAUCAAACAUUCUGGAAAACAUGACAAAGUUAGAGUGUUUGAAGAUCCAAGGUUGCGACCAAUUAGAAGAGUUACCUCGUCACAUCACAAAUCAGGCCUCCUUGACAGAGCUCUCCUGUAGUAUAAAGAGCUUAAGGGAAGUUCCAGUGAAUAUCGGUCAACUGAGCAAGUUGCAAACGAUAUCGAUUGGAGGUGAAUUGUUGACAAGCCUACCGACAUCUAUGGGAGAUUUGUCUUCCUUGACUUCUUUUAGAAUUCAUAAUUGUCCCAAGCUGAAUUGUCUACCUGACUCUUUGGGGUGCCUUAAUCUCCUAAAUAAGUUAUACAUUUAUAAUUGUCCCAAGUUGAAAUGUCUACCUGACUCUCUGGGGCGCCUUAAUCUCUUAAGUAAUUUAGAGAUAACAGAUUUAGGAGUGAAAUCCUUACCAAAGUCAGUUGGGCAACUAGUUAAUCUUGAAGUUUGCAAAUAUGGAGGUGUCCAAUCAGCGAAUUGGAUCUCGGGGCAAGGUUGUUUACAUGUUUGAAGUGGAUAGAGCUAAAGGAAACUGAAAUGUCCAAGAUCUCCAUCUCUGAAGACUCUUGUCCCGCACUAAAGAGUCUCUCACUUUGUAAUAAUACCUAUUUAACCAGUAUAGAUGUCCUACCAAAUUCACUCGAGAGUCUCUCCCUUUGUAAUAAUAGAUAUCUAACUGAUUUAGAGGUACUACCAAAUUCACUCGACUAUAUAUUUUUGGAAGGAAACCCCAAGUUGGAAGCCCUUCCCAGUUUUGCACAAUCAGCUUUUCUCAGAGUAUUAAGGCUGCUACAGAGUGAAGAAAAUACAUGGUUUGGAACAUUGCACAGCGUUGGAGGAGCUGAGAGCACACACGAGGUGGGAGGAGGCAGGUAUAGAAAGUUUGGAGUACGUGGAAAGAUUGAGAAGAGUGGAACUCCAAGCAUUCGGUAGAUCAGGUGUUGAAGGUUGCAUUCAAAACAUUCAGAAAUGGCCAAAAGAAAUAACAGUAUGCACGCGGGCGGUCCCUGACGCUUCGGCACUUGUAAAAUCCUUUGCCUUGCCCAAUCUCUCUGUGGUUGACUCCUUCGCUAAACGGAAGAUCAAAUCCGACCCACCCUGAAAUGGCCCUCCACCGCUCGCUGCAUUCUUCUGUGUUUUGUUGUGAACUGCGAGUCUCCAAAAAAUUCAUUGCGGUUGGCAUGCACCACAGAAAAUACGGAGCGUAAAAUAUACAUUUCGAGCUAUGAUUGGAUGGAGUUGGAGAAGGGUAAAUGGGUAUGGGCAGCGCUCUUCACACAAUAUUCUUUGUUCCACAAUAUCAUUUCACGAGACGCAGGAUCACGGGUACCGCUUGUGAAGGCAGGAAAAGUGGAGGAAGGAGAAGUGGAGCGCGGACUGCUUGUGAUGGGUGAAGAAGAGAGAGUUAAAGAGGCUUUUACGCGCUUGUUGGCGUCACUAUCCAAUUGAUAAUAUUGUUGUUGACAAUAUUUUUAUAUUCACUAUCGUGGAAUCUGGAGGUGUCCUCGCCGAGGUGUCCUCGCCGAAGCAAGACUAAUCCCUCAGUGUGUACGACUCGCUCACAAGGUAGCAACACACACAGAGUUAACACACCCGGAGACUCGAACUCAAGACCAUGGGAAGCAUACCCACGCCUUAAGUUGCGAUCCACGACCGGGCGAGCUAGGGCCGAAGCCCCUGUUGACAAUAUUCAUAUACAUAUGAAUUAAAAAAGAUUUUGAUAAUUAAAUAAAGAUUUUCUUGUAAUUAA